AUGAAUUUGUCGUCUGAUGCAAACCAGGUGGCGUUCCAAAUGUCACCAGCUAAAGUGCUGCUGUCUAUACUGCCAUGUCUGUUCUUCAUCUACAUCAACGGGGUCAUGCUGGUGACCCUGUUGAGAAAGCCUCACCUGCUGGAGACUUCUCGCUACAUCCUCUUCGGCCACUUGCUCCUCACCGACACCCUCCAGCUGAUGCUCACCAUGCUGCUGUACAUCUUUGCCAUCACCAUAGUCACCAUGAUCAAUCACCUCUGCAUGCUGGUGGUGCAACUGGCGGCCGUCACUGUGAAACUGUCCCCGCUCAACCUGGCCGUGAUGUCGCUGGAGCGCUACGUGGCCAUUUGUUUCCCGCUCAGGCACGUCAACAUUGUCACCAUCAGGACAACCCGCAUCGCCAUCGUUGUCAUGUGGUCCAUGGCCUCCUUGGACUCCUUCGUCCAACUGUUGCUCUUUGUCAGGCUGGAGAACAGCAACUCCGUCAUGUCCCAAUACUGCAGUAGAAACAAUGUGUGGCGACUUAAGAUUUACACCACCAUAGACGCCAUUUUUACCAUACUUUAUUUUCUGAUAGUGGGUGUCAUUAUCUUCUAUACGUACAUUGCAAUCAUUUUUGCCGUCAGGUCAGCUUCUACAAAUGUUCGGGAAGCCAGCAAGGCUCGGAAUACGGUGAUGCUUCAUAUGUUCCAGCUGUGUUUGUGUCUCACCUCCACGCUCUUCAACGUGAUCUACACGGGCGGCCUGAUGAACUUAAAGCCCGAAAUGGAGCUUCAUUUUCACUACGCUCUCUUCGUAGGCCUCAUUAUCUUCCCCAAAUUUCUCAGCCCGCUCAUAUACGGCCUCAGAGAUACCACAUUCACACACGGCUUCUGUUACUAUUUCACUUUUGGCUGCAAUGGCAACGUUCGGUCUUCAUCUUGAUUUUGAAACAUAUUAGUGUGACGGAGAUCGAAGUGGAGGGGAGUGUUGUACCGGAGCCCCGAGCACAGGGGGGGGGGCUCGGCUUUUGUAAAGUUUGAAUUAUUUUUGUUCAGUCAUUUAAAUAUGCAUGUUGUAAAAAAAUACUUUAUAAAAUGUAUCAUAAAAUACAUGUUGCUGUGGAAGUUAACUAAUAAGGUUGUUUUAAUCAAAUUAAGAACGUCGUAAUAGCUUCACCCCUGCCAAAUUAGAAAAAUAGUUCGUUCCACCUGAAGAGCAGCAAACCAAUGUCGAUACACUACAAACAAGCUGUAGAAAAAUGGAUGGAUGAAUGUUUAUGUUUCUUCGAAGGUCGUGAGUUCAAUCCCGGGCUCGGGAUCUUUCUGUGUGGAGUUUGCAUGUUCUCCCCGUGACUGCGUGGCUUCCUCCCACCUCCAAAAACAUGCACCUGGGGAUAGGUUGAUUGGCAACAGUAAAAUUAGCCCUAGUGUGUGAAUGUGAGUGUGAAUGUUGUCUGUCUAUCUGUGUUGGCCCUGUGAUGAAGUGGCGACUUGUCCAGGGUGUACCCCGCUUUCUGCCAGAAUGCAGCUGAGAUAUGCUCCAGUAUUCCCCGCCACCCCAAAAGGGACAAUCGAUAGGAAAUGGAUGGAUGGACAGUAAUUUUUACACUACUUUGGGGCUCCGUAUUGUACAGACUUGGAGUAUGCUGUUAAACUUUUAUGUCUACCAGGACCACUUAAUAUCCACAAAUCCAGAUUAGUGUCACAAAAAACAAAUAUUUGAUUUGUUUUAUUGUGAAAUAACAAAAAAUGAAAAACAAAAACAUAACCAAAACCUUCCAUGUUCUGAAAACUAUUUCAAUAUUUUAUUUUUUGGGGGAAAAGUUAGCUAUUUUAUAUUUCUUAAUUGAUUUGUUUGAUUUUUUUUAGAGUAUUUCCUUUUUUCAUCUUUCUUUUUACUGUAGUAUUUAUAUAUUGGUUGGAAAUAUCUAAAGAAGUUAUUUUUCACAGUAUGUACAUAUUUUGGACAUUUUUAUAAAAGAUUGUGUUUAUUUUUAUCAAAUCAAACUGUAUUCAGCACUGGUAAUUGGGUAAACACAAAGGUGCUUGGCACACAAAAAGAAAGAAGAGAAGAAAAAAACACACAGACACCCAUCCCAUCCAUCCAUUUUUUACCGCUUAUUCCAUUUGGGGUCAC